CCCAACGCUCCGCCCCGAAGCUGACGGCAGCUGCCAGGAAUGCGCUUCCGGAGACGCUGAGGGAGAGGCGGCGCGGCUCUGAGGAGAGGGCCCGGCCUUCCCCGCCAUACGGUGGAAGGAGCGGCUGGCGGCGGCGGCCGAGCUGAGGAAGGAAUCAUUCUCCCCCCAACACCGAGGCCGAGCCGGGGCUUCUCAAGGACCGGCAACCCGGGAGAGGCGGUGCGGCUCUGAGGAGAACGAGGGAAAGGGAACGAGCGGGUUUCCCGCUCACAAAGUCUCCUCACAGCUCCGGACGGCGGGCUUGGCGGAGGGAGGACCCUCCUUAGAAGAGCCGCCGCCAUGGCCCAGAUACAUUUCAAGUUUCUCAUCUGUGUUGGUUUAUUAAACUGCCUCAUGGUGUGUGGAUUUGCCCAACAAGGUGGGAGCACUUGUAUAACAGCUAAUGCAAAAUCAUGUGCUGAAUGUAUACAAGCUGGACCAAAUUGUGGAUGGUGUAAAAAUAUAACUUUCUUAAAAGAAGGAGAAUCUACUUCAGCACGAUGUGAUGAUUUGGAAGUUUUGAAAAAUAAGGGUUGCCCUUCUGAUGAAAUAGAAAACCCCAGAGGAUCCCAAAAGAAACUAAAAGACAAGGAAGUAACAAAUCGUGUCAAAGGAUCCACUGAGAGUCUUAGACCAGAAGACAUUACCCAGAUUCAACCACAACAAGUAUUGUUAAAGCUGCGGAUAGGGGAACCACAGACAUUUUCCUUAAAAUUUAAGAGAGCUGAAGAUUAUCCUAUUGACCUUUAUUACCUUAUGGAUCUCUCUUACUCUAUGAAAGAUGAUUUGGAGAAUGUGAAAAGCCUUGGGACUUCUUUAAUGAGUAAAAUGAAGAAUAUAACUUCAGAUUUCCGAAUUGGUUUUGGCUCUUUUGUAGAAAAAACUGUAAUGCCUUACAUUAGUACCACACCUGCCAAACUCAGGAACCCUUGUACAGGUGACCUCAACUGUACAAGUCCUUUUAGCUACAAAAAUGUACUCAACUUUACCAGCGAUGGAAGUCUGUUCAAUAAACUUGUAGGUGAUCAACAGAUUUCGGGUAACUUGGAUUCUCCAGAAGGUGGAUUUGAUGCAAUCAUGCAGGUUGCUGUUUGUGGUGCAAAAAUUGGAUGGAGAAAUGUCACUCGGCUGUUGGUGUUUUCCACGGAUGCUGGAUUUCAUUUUGCUGGAGAUGGGAAGCUGGGAGGAAUUGUUUUACCAAAUGAUGGGCAAUGCCACUUAGAUAAUAAUAUGUACACAAUGAGCCAUUACUAUGAUUAUCCCUCCAUUGCUCAUCUUGUUCAGAAGCUAAGUGACAAUAAUAUUCAGAUAAUAUUUGCUGUCACACAAGAAUUUCAGCCAGUUUACAAGGAGUUGAAGAAUCUGAUUCCAAAAUCUGCAGUAGGAACACUGUCUUCCAAUUCCAGUAAUGUGAUUCAGCUGAUUAUAGAUGCAUACAAUUCAUUAUCUUCAGAAGUUAUUUUGGAAAACAACAAGCUGCCAAAAGAAGUCUCCAUUGAAUAUAAAUCCUUCUGCAAGAAUGGAGUGAAUGGAACAGGAGAUGAAGGAAGAAAGUGUUCCAACAUUUCAAUUGGAGAUGAGGUUAGGUUUGAGAUUAAAGUAACAGCCAACCAGUGUCCAGAAAAGGGGCAGAGUGAAACCAUUAAAAUCAAGCCAUUAGGUUUCACUGAGGAGGUAGAGAUUAAUCUGGAGUUUAUCUGUGAAUGUGACUGUCAUUUAGAAGGGAUAACUGACAGCGACCUCUGUCACUAUGGAAAUGGAACAUUUGAGUGUGGUGCCUGCAGAUGUAAUCCAGGGCGCAUUGGCAAACAGUGUGAAUGCAGCAUAGAAGAAGUGAACAGUGAAGACAUGUCGGGCACCUGUAGAGCAACAAACAGUUCUGAAAUAUGUAGUAACAAUGGAGACUGUAUAUGUGGGCAGUGUGUGUGCAAGAAAAGAGAGAAUCCAAACGAAGUCUACUCAGGCCAGUUUUGCCAGUGUGAUAACUUCAACUGUGACCGAUCUGAUGGUUUGAUCUGUGGAGGGCAUGGUGAAUGUAAAUGUCGUGAGUGUGAGUGCUGGGCAAAUUUUACAGGCUCUGCAUGUGAGUGCCCCCUGGAUACGACCCCAUGUGUAGCUGCAAAUGGACAAAUCUGCAAUGGCAGAGGAAACUGUGAGUGUGGAGUCUGCAACUGCACAGAUUCCAAAUUUCAGGGACCCACAUGCGAGUUGUGUCAGACCUGCCUUGGCGUCUGUGCAGAGCACAAGGACUGCGUACAGUGCAAAGCUUUUAACAAAGGAGAAAAGAAGGAGAGAUGUGACGAAGAAUGCUCACAUUUUAACGUGGUACUGGUAGAUCAGAGAGAAAAGUUGCCACAGCCUGGGCAAUAUGAUGCACUGACUCAUUGCAAAGAGAAGGAUAUUGAUGACUGCUGGUUUUAUUAUACAUAUUCAGUUGACUCAAGCAAUAAGGCCGUUGUCCACGUAGUGAAGACACCAGAAUGCCCAACAGGACCUGACAUCAUCCCCAUCGUUGCUGGUGUAGUUGCUGGAAUUGUUCUCAUUGGUCUGGCUUUAUUGCUGAUUUGGAAACUACUUAUGAUCAUUCAUGAUAGAAGAGAAUUUGCAAAAUUUGAAAAAGAAAAAAUGAAUGCAAAAUGGGAUACAGGUGAAAAUCCUAUAUACAAGAGUGCUGUGACAACUGUGGUGAAUCCUAAAUAUGAGGGCAAAUGAAAACUCCUUUCUGACUUCACAACACUGUAUGCCAUGUAGCAAUUUUGUAGUCACAGUAACCUAGCUUUAGGCCAAUAAUACAAUGAAUUUACUAAUGCAUUACAUUACACAUAGGUUGUUUUCUAUGCAGAUUUUGAAAAUGUACAGUAUGUUUUUUAUUUUUGAGUAUUUUCUUUUUCUCCUCUUUUUUACAAUAAACAAUGCCAGGAGACUGACAUAAAACUUGAGACUGCGUAGCAUACUUAACUAAGGUCACACGGUGCCUUUCUGGUCCUUUCUCUCCUGUGCCUGGAGUGAAAUGACUAAAGCAGUCAGUGUGGGAGGGCUUUGCAUAGCCGUUAAGUAUUAAAAUUAAAUUAGUUUUUAGCACAUCAGGGCUUGGUUUGCACAGUUUAAAAGCGAGCCAAAUGAGUCUUUGUGAAUUACAACAUUUACUUUAGCUUGUGAAUAAUGGACUGAUUGUACUACUGUAUCUUUAGGGGUACCAGUGAGUUUAAUACGACAGAAAUCAUGUUGUGAAAGACAAUUUAGUAAGUGCUUAUAUGUUCUAAACUGUCAGAGUUUAUCUUUAAGAACAGAUCCAAAACAAUAGCUUUAACAUUGUGCCAUUCAUUUUCAUGAUGUUGCUGCACAGUAACCUCAGACCUUUGCUUUGUAAAUUCAAGUUUUGGCUUGAGUACUGAAAAGUAGUCUGCAUGAGACUCUUUUAAAUAUAUUAGCGCCUUAUUAUUAGGGUUUUUCAAAAAUGGCCUUGCUUGGAUUAAAGCCUGGUGCUUUGUCACCUUUUUCUAUAAUGUAUUUUAUUUCAUAUUGUUUAAGAUUAAUGUUGUCAAAACAACAUGAUUUUCUUUUGCAGUCUGGGCUGUACAUUUGCCUUUGCCCUGAAGUUAAGAUUGCAUAAUAUGUCAUGUAACAUGACUUGUCAGUCAGAGAGAUCAGUGAUUCUGCCAUGUAUAUUUGCCACUGACUAUACGGUCAUUUGUUCAGUACUAGCCUCAUCCUAAUUUUAAGUGCCUUUUAUUUUAACAGAUGUUCACUUUUUACAGUGCUGUCAUGUAAGUUAUUUAUUAAAUAAAAAAACCUUUUAAAAUAU